AUUUGCUUAGUUAUUUGUAGACAAACAAAGCAUAUAAAAUAAUAUACUACAUAAAAAAGUCCAAGUAGCGAGAUUCCAAUUUUGGCGGGAAAUAUGUACGUCACUAUUUAAACGAAGAGGGUCAGAAGAGGGCCAGAUCUACACGACUGCUCGCUAUACAAAAUACCAAUUGAUACAAUCUUCAUUUAAAUAUUGUUGGUUCAUUAUGAGUUUAUGGGUAGACAAAUAUCGUCCAAAUUCUCUUGCUAAGUUGGAUUACCAUAAGAAUCUUACUGCGCAUUUGAAGAAGCUGGCUAGCAGUAGAGAUUUUCCACAUCUCAUGUUUUAUGGACCUUCUGGAUCUGGGAAAAAGACAAGGAUAAUGUGUGUGUUGCGUGAACUCUAUGGUCCUGGUGCUAUGAAACUUAAGAUUCAACAGCAAACGUUUACUACUCCAUCCAACAAGAAAGUUGAAAUAUCCUCCAUUGCUAGUAACUAUCAUAUUGAAGUCAACCCAAGCGAUGCAGGUAUAUAUGAUCGAGUGGUUAUUCAAGAUCUUAUAAAAACAGUUGCACAGUCUCAUCAGUUGGAUUCUGGAUCACAAAAGGAUUUCAAAGUGGUUUUACUUACCGAAGUUGAUAAACUAACUAAAGAUGCCCAACAUGCAUUAAGAAGAACAAUGGAAAAAUACACAGCAACAUGUCGCAUCAUUCUCUAUUGCAAUUCAACAAGUAAAGUCAUUCCAGCAAUUAGAAGUCGCUGUCUGGGUAUUCGAGUCCCAGCUCCUACAAACGAGGAGAUUUCGCAAAUUUUGAACAACGUGUGCAGAAAAGAAGGAUUGACUUUGCCUGAGGAACUAGCUCGACGUAUUUCUGAAAAAUCUGGAAGAAAUCUUCGAAGGGCUCUGCUUAUGUGCGAGGCUUGCCGAGUGCAACAGUAUCCCUUCAGCGAUGACCAACAGAUCCAGGAAGCGGACUGGGAAGUUUAUCUCAAGGCAACGGCUCAAGCAAUAACCGAAAUACAAUCUCCACAACGACUUUUUGAAGUCCGAGGAAGGCUCUACGAAUUAUUGGCUCAUUGUAUACCAGCGGACGUAAUCAUGAAGGGUCUUGUACAAGAGCUCGUAUCUAACUGCGAUGGUUCAUUGAAAGCGGAGGUGUCUCGAAUCGCGGCGUUUUACGAACACCGUUUACAGCGUGGUAAUAAGGUGAUAUACCACUUGGAAGCAUUUGUUGCAAAGUUUAUGAGCAUUUACAAACGAUUCUUAGAUGAAGGAAUGGCUGACAUAUUUUUUUAAAAGGCCCAAUAUUUGCUUGGUAUUCUAAAUGUUUUGUAUGUUUGAAAGAUGUAGUUUAAUUGUAUUAAUUAAAUAAUUGUUUUGUCUCUUUUA